GAUAUACAUUGUUUCUGGUUUAGCCUAUAAGAUUAGAACUCUCGAGGAAAACUAGGGUUUCCUAAGAAAAUGGCGCUUGAUAUUGAAAAGCCGAUCUCCAGAGGACAGGCAUGGUUUUGUACUACGGGGUUGCCUAGCGACAUUGUUAUCGAAGUCGAAAACAUGACUUUCCAUCUCCAUAAGUUUCCUCUAAUAUCGAAAAGUAGAAAGCUUCAUCAACUGGUCACUGAGCAAGAAAACAAUCCUAGUAGAAUAGGACGAAGUUCUGUUGCAGAAGCAGAGCUUCAAGUAGAAGAAGGAGAAGAAGAGGAGGAUGGAGACGAAGAUGAAAUCUUAGAGGAGCCCUGUGAGAUCUCCUUCCCAGAAUUUCCAGGUGGUUCUGAGGCAUUCGAAACCGCGGCAAAGUUCUGCUAUGGAGUGAAAAUCGACCUCACAGCUUCCAAUGUAGCUCCCCUACGUUGUGCCGGAGAGUAUCUCGACAUGACGGAAGAGUACUCGGAAAAUAACCUCAUCUCUAAAACUGAAAGGUUCUUAACCCAAUCAGUUCUCAGAAACAUCAAAGAAUCCAUCAAGACCCUGAAAUCCUGUGAAACACUCAUGCCUCUCGCAGAAACCCUCAACAUUCCGCAGAGGUGCAUCGAAUCAAUCGCGUCGAGAGCUUCUUCUACAGAUCCCUCAUUGUUUGGUUGGCCGAUGAAUGAAGGGAUAACCACAGCCAGGGCUUCCAAUCAGAUCCUUUGGAAUGGGAUCGAUACUGGAAAGCGCGGGAAGAACCAAACUAAAAACACCAGCGCCGAACCCUGGUUUGAAGAUCUAGGUGUUCUUAGCUUACCGAUCUACACGCGACUGAUUUCUGCCAUGAAAGAUCAAGAUCUAAGCUUGGGAAUCAUCGAGAGCUCUCUAAUUUCGUAUGCCAAGAAAUCAAUUCCAGGCCUUUCUCGUUCCAAUAGGAAAUCAUCCACGACGUCUAUAGCUUCAGAGACUGAGCAGAGAGAGCUGCUGGAGACCAUAGUUGCGAAUCUGCCACUGGAGAAGAGCUCAAGCUUUAGUUCUGGUUGUUCAUCGACUACAAGGUUUCUGUUUGGAUUGUUGAGGACGGCGAACAUACUGAACGCAUCGGAAGCUUGUAGAGCUACGUUGGAGAGGAAGAUAGCAUCGGAGCUAGAAAAGGCAGCACUGGACGAUCUUUUGAUCCCGAGUUAUUCUUAUCUGAUGGAAACGCUCUACGAUGUGGACUGCGUGGGGAGGAUAUUGGAGUAUUUCUUGGAGACAUUGGAAGAGAGGUCGGCUUUUGGAAUCGACGGUGAAGACGGAGAAAUGGGUGGAAGAACGCCAGGGAUAAAUCCAGUGAUGUUGGUAGGGAAAUUGGUCGAUGGAUACCUCUCUGAGAUCGCAUCCGAUGCGAAUUUGAAGCCGGAAAAGUUUUGUGAACUCGCCGUUGCUCUCCCUGAACAUGCUAGACUUUUUGACGACGGCCUAUACAGAGCUGUCGAUGUUUAUCUCAAGGCGCACCCGUGGAUAACAGAGGAAGAGAGGGAGAAGAUAUGUGGAGUUCUGGAUUAUCAGAAGCUAACGUUUGAGGCGUGCACUCAUGCGGCUCAGAAUGAGCGACUUCCACUGCGGUCGGUGGUGCAGGUUCUGUUCUUUGAGCAGCUUCAGCUUCGUCAGGCAAUUGCCGGAACUCUCAUCGCAGCCGACAUUGCCCCUCCGGAUUCUGCCAGGCCUUCGGUUUUACAGCAUCAACAGUUAGAAACAGAGAUGAUGGUACCACCAGCAGGAGCAGCUCAGGAAGGGGAGACGUUUAGGGCGGCGAUUAGGGAGAACCAGGUGCUGAGGUUGGACAUGGAUAGUAUGAGGUCUCGAGUGAAUGAGUUGGAGAGGGAAUGCUCGUCCAUGAGAAAGGCAAUUGAGAAGAUCGAUAAGGUUGGUUCGCCGGAAGGUCGGCUGGUUGGGGGUUGGAGGAAGAAGUUGGGUUGCAAGUUCAAGACUCAGGUCUGUGAUUCUCAUGAACGGACAGUGGUGGAAGCCGGACGAAGGGCCAGACAUCACCAUUCACCCGGCGUCUGAGAGACUUCUUCCUCUAGUGCAUUGCUUCUUCAACCAUUCUUCCCUACUCUCUCUCUUUCUUAUCUGGGCUUGUCGUCUUGUGUACCAUAUUUAUAAUAUUUAAUUGAGGUCCCACCAAUGCCUGUC